UCGUCUCUCAUGCUGCAUUGUGCUCCACAUGGUAGCAGCUAUGCGACACACUCUUCUGCCUGAGGUCUUGCUGUUGGCAGCCCGUGUGGUUCACACGCAGACAACUGGUACGAACGACCUGGUCGAUUCGGAUAUUGAGUACGGAACUUUUCAGAAUCCUUCUUCAAACGUACGACCAAGAUUUCGAUACUGGGCCAAUGACGCGUCUCACAAUCUAAGCCGUGUAAGCGAGGAUGUGAGAUCGCUGGCCCGAGCCGGCGCCGGGGGUUUGGAACUGUUAGGAUAUUAUCUCUAUGGCGACAAUGGGGUGUACGGUGGAGGCAGUGACGCUCCGCUGCAGUCAGACUGGACAAUCUAUGGGUUUGGAAGCUCUGCUUGGAAAAACCUACUGGAUACUGUCCUGGGGACCGCCAAGGACGAAGAAAUACUGGUCGACCUGGCUAUAGGACCGAACCAGGGCGCAGGCGUUCCGGCCCCGUACGGACAUGACGGGGUUUUGUGGGAUUUUGCUUCAUUCAAUGUGACUGUGCCAGCGGGUACAACCUUUUCGGACUUGCUCCCGGGCUGGGGCGGAGCGUAUAACGCAGAGUCUCUCGUUGCCGCCACUACAGGCUUAAUUGUCGACUCCAACGGGACCGAGGCGACCUUGAGUGCCAGCUCACUGGCUGAUGUCACCUCGCAAGUCAACAGCAGCGGGCAUCUGAACCUCGUCUUCAACGCCUCCAGCAGCAGCAGCGGGUCCGAGUUCGUCUUGUUUGCCUUCUAUCUCAAGCCUGCCGACUAUUGGGAGGUCAAGGCCUCCGACUUGGUGGAAGCAGCAGUGCCGCAGUCCCCCAUCAAGGACUACAAGCAGAACGGCUCACGGGCGGUCGACCACUUCUCGGCGGCUGGUGCCCAACUCGUCAUUGAUUUCUGGAAUGAGACGUUGCUGUCGGGUGAUACCACGACAAGCAUACUUGAGGUGGGCAACUAUUUGUGGGAGGACAGCCAGGAGUACGGGUCCAACUCGAGCGUCUACUGGACACCUCAGCUGCCGGAUGCCUUUCAGAAGAGCCGGGGCUAUGCCAUCCACAAAUACAUACCUCUGAUCGUGAGCGCGGGUCUCGCUGACACUGGGGUCGCUGCAUUUCCAAUCACGUAUGUGACAGACGAGACAGACGCGGGCCAGAGUCAUAUUCAAGACUACCAACAGACACUUACCGAGUUGAAUGCAAUAUACCUCAAAACAUUGACCGACUGGAGCCACAGCUUGGGUGUCCAGUUCUCGAGCCAGGUCGUCUACAACCUCCCAAUGGAUAUGCUUGCCAACAUCCCCUAUGUGGACGCACCAGAGUGUGAGACUCUAGGUUUCUUGCACAACAUAGACGGGUAUAGGCAGUUCUCUGGUCCUGCCAACCUCGCCGGCAAACGUAUCAUCUCAAGCGAGGCCGGAGCCGUCAUGUACUUGGCCUACCAGCAGACCAUUCCGGAGCUCCUGUGGGAUCUCAAACGGUCCGUCGUCGGCGGUGUCAAUCAGUUCGUCAUCCAUGCAUACCCCUUCUCUGGAGACUACGGAAACACCACCUGGCCUGCCUUCACGGCCUUCACGUACCUCUUUUCGGAGAUGCACGGUCCAAAACAGCCGGCUUGGGACUUUUACAGCGAGUGGCUGGACUGGACGGCGCGUACUCAAUACGUUGCUCAGACCGGAGUGCCCAAGGUUGACCUAGUAUUCUGGUCCAAAUUGACGUCGUAUGGGACCAUCGAGACCCAGUAUGCUCCUACAGAUCUACAGGACGCAGCAGGUUAUACCUAUGAGUACCUGAGCCCGGACAACUUUAAACUCCCAGAAGCCUAUGUUGAGGACGGUAUCUUCGCACCAGAGCGGCAGGCGUUCAAAGCCAUGAUUGUCCGUGCCAACGCGUCGUUGACUCUAUCGGGCGUCGAGUACCUGGCCUCUUACGCCAAACAAGGCCUCCCUAUCAUCUUUUCCGGGGGGCUACCAUCGAACGUGUCCGGAUAUCACCAAGACGGCGGUGCAAACGUCACUUCUAUGAUUAGUGACUUGACGCAGCUUGACAAUGUGCAUGUCGUUCCGUAUGACGGCCUGUCUUCCUCGCUCUCGUCUCUGGAAAUACUCCCUAGAACCGCGACCAGCUCGAAUGGGUCGUGGUACACGUACUGGCGAGAGGACAACACGACCUCUACGCAGUAUGUCUUUGUCUACAAUGAUGCCACCGGGGUUGCACCAAACGGGGCGAUCACGACGGGAAGCAUUUCUUUCGAGGCAACCGGCAAGCCCUUUGUCUAUGACGCUUGGACUGGCGAUGUCACUGCCUUGUCCUCGUACCAACAGACAGAAACACACACAACCAUCCAGCUACAACUGACUGGUAACCAGUCUGUAAUCAUCGGCUUUGAGGAGGAAGAAAUAGAAGGAGGCUUGCACAUCACGAGUAGCAACCUUGCAUCAGUCGUCGUUGGCCCUCCCGCUCUGGCCAGCAACUCGUCGUCGCUUGCUGUCCUAUCAACGUACAACCCGGCCCCCCAGGAGAUUAUUCUCUCCGAUAAUUCAUCGAGAACCGUCCAGCCAAUGUUGUCUCAAGCUUUUCAGCUUGGAAAUUGGACCCUCACGAUCGAGUCAUGGGGACCCCCAAACGACAUAUUUGACAUUGAAGGAGGAGCGUCCAAGGUGAACACCAGCUACUACACCCUAGACAACCUAGUGCCGUGGUCCCAGAUGUCAGACGCGCUGGCCAACGUCUCGGGGCGCGGAUACUACCAGACCACCUUCAGCUGGCCGCCAGAUUCCUCGGGUAGCGACGACGGCAGCAGCAGCAGCAGCAGCAGCAGCAACGCGACCAUCUCUGGUGCGUUUGUCGACCUGGGCGCUACCGUGCAUACGGCCCGCGUGCGCAUCAACGGGCAGGCCCUGCCGCCGCUCGAUCCGACGUGGGCGAGGGCGGAUGUCGGAGAGUAUCUGGUCGAGGGAGAGAACGCGGUUGAUAUCAUCGUGAGCACGCCGCUGGGCAAUGCGCUGCGGAGCUUUUGGGGCGAUCUGAUGACGAGUGGGAGACAUGCUGUAGAGGUAGUGGCGGAUCCGCCGAGUGUGGCAGAGUAUGGACUUGUGCAGGAUGUACAGAUUAUACCAUACCGAAGGGACAGUCUUGCUUGAUCGGCAAGAAAUAACGAGUCUGGGAGUUUGAUUGUGUACAUAAGACUACAUCAAUCUGUGGAGGAUAGUACAGAAUUACUCGAGAUGGCACGUCUGUAAUAAUGAAGAAG